GUCAUGUUUCGGAGUUGUCACAAAUCAUCACCAUCGCGAUUUUCAUAGUCAGCAGUGAAAGAAACGAAAAGCAGCAGAAAAGAGAGUGCGUGUGGCGUACUUUGUGUAAUGAAAAGUACAUAUUUUGUGCAAAAAUUAUCUAUGGAUCGCACCCAUCUAGUGAAUUGUUAGUAAUAAAUGUAAAUUCUCGAUUGCGGAUGGUGAACAAGGGGAAAACCUGUGGCCUGGGUGUUGUGUCUGGCAGUGAGAAAUAAAAAGUGGGCUGGUAAAUAGUGAAAAGUUGCCCCCAUUAGAAGUGAUUUCCAAAUCGCACACCCGUCAAUCUUGUUAUUGGGCGGUUCUGGUGGGAUAUCGAGCAAAACUGGAACGAUACAAACGCCCCAACGCCAACUCAUCGGGGCUUUCCAAACACGACUCGGAGGGAACCAUCCCAACUGGAUCCCCGCGGUCGGUUGAAGAACGAAGAGCGGCAACGGACACCCAAAAAUCGGAAGCGCCAGACGGCAAGAAAAAAAUGAACGGCCUUAGCUUCAGCGAGUUGUGUUGUUUGUUCUGCUGUCCCCCAUGUCCGGGCCGGAUAGCAUCGAAGCUUGCGUUCCUUCCCCCAGAACCCAGCUACGAAUUGAAGGCGGAUGAUACGGCGAACAGUAAGUUCACGCUGAAUCUGCUCGACCGGGCGGACUGGCAGUACGGAGAUCGCGAGAAGGAGCUAUUUGAGGCGUUUUUUGCACGAUCCUCCAGGGGGAACCGAGUUGCCUGCUUGUUCGUAAAGUGCAGCACCAAUGCAAGGUUCACCUUGCUCUUCUCACACGGCAAUGCUGUGGAUCUGGGCCAGAUGACGAGCUUCUUCAUCGGGUUGGGCCAGCGGAUAAAUUGCAAUAUCUUCAGCUAUGACUACUCGGGGUACGGCAUGAGCACAGGCAAACCAACGGAGAAAAAUCUGUACGCGGAUAUCGAUGCCGCCUGGCAGGCUCUGAGGACACGAUACGGCAUCAGUCCGGAGAAUAUCAUCCUCUACGGUCAAAGCAUAGGGACAGUGCCGACAGUGGAUCUGGCCAGCCGGUACGAGGUAGGAGCAGUGAUAUUACACUCACCACUAAUGUCGGGCAUGCGCGUUGCGUUCCCAGCGACGAAGCGAACGUGGUUCUUCGACGCUUUCCCCAGCAUCGACAAAGUUCCCAAAGUUACCUCGCCGGUACUGGUGAUACAUGGCACCGAGGACGAGGUGAUUGAUUUUUCCCAUGGCAUGACGAUCUAUGAAAAAUGUCCCCGAGCGGUGGAACCGCUGUGGGUCGAAGGAGCCGGACACAAUGACGUAGAAAUGUACAGCCAAUAUUUGGAGCGACUAAAGCAAUUCGUGUCGGUGGAGCUGGUCAACUGACAAAAACUGAACAAGGGAGGUGGUACCGGCGGCGGCGGCGGAGGCGAUGGUGGUAGCAGUAGUGACAGUGGCGGCCGGAAAAGACGUAGUGCAGACAAAAAGAAACGCAACAAAGAUGAAGGGGAUGGCGAAGAAGUGGAGGGAAUGGCGGAGGAUGGUGAUAAUGAUGAUGAUCUUAACACGGACGACGAGAUCCUGAACGCCUCGAUCACGAUCAGCUCGAACUCGACGAACGUAUCGACGGCGGAAAAGCUUAUCUAGCAUCACGGGUCGGACGCUGGCAGCGCGUACAAUUUGGCUGCUGGCGUUUCGGCUCUCGUUUCCUCUGCCAGUGUUCCGCCCUCUCACUCCCACGCUAGCAAUAGUCACAACAACAGCAAACGGAGUAACGACUCGACCCGCAGUAACACCAA